AUGCUGAAACCAAAUGAAUGGUAUUCCAUUUGUAUCACCUGGUCUGGCCGAGCGCAGAGGCUGAGGGUAUACAUAAAUGGAGCAAUUCUGUAUGAGGAACCCCUGGAUCCCAUACCCCAGAUACUGGACCCAAAUGGCACUCUCACUCUGGGGGUAUCUCAUUUUGUUGACACAAAUGGUGAAGUGCGGCCAGAGAGUGGGACUAACCUGCUUGGUGAGGUUGGGCUUUUCAUGAUAUGGAGCAAAGAAUUUAGGUCUGAGGAGUUGAGGAGAAUGAACUGUGUAGAUGGGGAUAUACUGAGCUGGGAUCUACGGCACUGGAAGUAUGACUACCCUCCUGAACCCGAUUACAGCCUGCACUGUGCAUGUUCACAUUAUAAAAUCAAAGCAUGGACGUUCAUAGCUAAAUCUACAAACCCUGGAGACAACUCUUUGUCAUUUCAUGAACUCACAAGAAUUUGGCUUGAAAGCAUUUUUCCUGUCAACAUUUCUGUCCAGGAGAUUUUUGUGUCACCCGCCAGCCAAAGCUGCCGUGUGGUUAAUAAUUCUGCUGCUCUGUAUGCUCAACAACCUCAGGAAUGGGGAAAAUUGCCAAAUGUCAUCGGUGAAAAAGACUUCUGCUGUGAGGUUUAUGUCAACGUGGAGCCUGCUAGUUAUGUAGAAGUGAUUCAGGAACAUAUAACUGAGUUACUGAGUAAGCCCUUUACUAACAACGUCUUCACUCUGAUGGCUGAGCCUAACAGCAUCUUCGUACUUCCUGUGGAAAUACUGCCUUUGGUGACAAAACCUCCACCAUCUGUCAGCAGUGCUUUACCUAAGACAGAAAGUGCAACUCUGAGCAAGCCAGUUCAACCCAGCAGCAUGUCAACAACCGAAGAACCUUUAGAUCUCAAUGAAACUGCUGUUGAAUCAGAUAUGUUCUUUAGAGUUAAUGCUACCCUAAAUAUGACAAGCAGUGUGGCAAAACCAAAGGAUGUCAUUAAGAAAUGGAUCAAAUCACUGCUUGAAGUAAAUACAGCCAUGACAGUGCUGAACCUUGUUGCAACAGAGAUUUCCAACAGGAACAUGAAGAAAAACACUGAAUUAAUAACUUCUUACAGCCAAGAGAAACAAUAUUUCUGCAGCUUUCAUGUUCAGAACAGCAGAAGGGACAAUGCAACUGAAAUCAUACUUUUAAUUCACGAAGCUUUAAAAUCAAAGUAUGAUAAUGGGACCUUUAUCAUUCAAACUGGAGAUGUGGUAGUUCGCCUAAUAGAGCCUCAAAACUGCCCAGAAGACACCAUGUCAACUAUCUAUGGGCUUUAUAGAUGGGCGGAAACAGCUCCACAAGAAACUCAAAUAAUGUUGUGCGAAAAGCCUGCAUCAGAGAGAGCAUCCAGAUUUUGCAAGUUAAAUAUUGAAAAUGACCAAACCAGCUGGGCUGAUCCUGAUAUGACAAACUGCGACAUAACUUUAUCAAUAACAGACCUCAGCAAUGUCACAGUCACCGCUGAUAAUGCGGCUGAGGUUGUGGACAUGAUUCAGGACCUUAUAGAUGUUCAGCUGAAUAACAGUUCCCACCUCUCUUCCUCGGAGCUUGGAGUUAUUGUGACGAAGCUCCAUGAGGUGGUUGAUGUAAGCAUCAUUGAGCCUGAUGUUGGAGUUCACAUUGUCAAUAUUGUUGCCGAUAUCCUGGUUUCUGAAACUGAUGUCACCCCAGUGUCUAACAAUCUCCUCGAUCUGACGGAUAGGAUGGGAAACAAUAUGGAGUUCCAAAGUGAAUAUGCAAGUCUAACAGCUCCUGCACUGGCUCUUUCCAUGGUUAAUGUGGAUCCAGGUGAUUUCAAUGGCCUCACCUUUGGUGUGUCUCUGUCAUCUACAGUGAACCCCGAGGUCUUUGUCAACCAAAGUUUUGUGAGUAACCCACUACCCAAGACAAGUGCAACUAUCGCUUUGCCCUCGGUACUCAACAACUUUUUCCCAUCUGGAGGGAGAAACACAACCCGAGUUCAGUUUCAGUUUUAUGGAACGCUUGACCUUUUCCAGGAUCCCUUCAUAACCGAUACAACAAAGAGCAAUUGGACAGUAAACUCCUAUAUAGUAUCUGCCAGCAUCAACAACACUCAUAUUAUUAACCUGCAAGAUCGAGUGGUGGUGACUCUCACACAUACAAAUCCCAAACAGCCUGAAGACAGGGUACAAUGCAUGUUUUGGGAUUUCCAGAAGAACAGUGGCCUGGGUGGUUGGAACAGCAGUGGCUGUGAAACCCAGAGUAUUUCAUCUUAUCAGACCAGCUGUCUAUGUGAUCACCUCACUCAUUUUGCUGUUCUCCUGGAUGUAUCCAGAAGCCCCAUCAGUGAAAGUGACAGCCAGAUUCUGACAGUGAUCUCAUUUGUUGGUUGUGGUAUAUCCUCCAUCUUUCUGGGGAUCACUCUACUCACUUAUCUCUUUUUUGAGAAGCUGCGUCAGGACUAUCCAUCUAAGAUACUUGUCAACUUGUCAGUUGCACUGCUGGGGUUGAACAUGCUCUUCCUUCUUGACUCCUGGCUCGCAUCCUUUUCCAACUAUGGCCUGUGCAUCACUACUGCGGCAACCCUACAUUAUUUCCUAUUGGCCACCUUCACCUGGAUGGGGCUGGAGGCUGUGCACAUGUACUUCGCACUGGUUAAAGUGUUCAAUACCUAUAUACCUUCUUACAUCCUCAAGUUCUGUGUCAUAGGAUGGGGUCUUCCUUUGAUAAUAGUCGGCCUGGUGCUGGCCAUAGAUAAAGACGCUUAUGGAAACCUGAUUAUUGAAGAGGCUGUGGUGGAGGAUAUUUCCACUGACCCAUUUUGCUGGUUGCAAAAUGACGUGUUCUUCUAUGUGACCGUGGUGGCAUUUGUUCUUCUGAUUCUAUUGAGCAACAUCUCUGUGUUCAUCGUGGUUCUUAUCCAGAUCAAACAAAUGAAGCUUAAUAAACCUACGGCAAACAGUCACAGCUCCAUGCAGGACUUGAGAGCAGUUGCCAGUCUCACUGUCCUGUUAGGCCUGACCUGGUUAAUGGGCUUUUUUUCAUUUGGGCCUGGCAGAGUGGUGAUAAUGUACCUGUUUUCAAUCUGCAAUACAUUGCAAGGGUUUUUUGUAUUCCUGUUCCACUGUCUGCUGAAGGAAAAUGUGAGGAAGCAGUGGAGGAUCCACUUGUGUUGUGGACGUUUCAGACUCAGUGACACCUCAGACUGGAGCCGCUCUGUGACAGUGGGUGGACACAGCAAAAAAGACAAUCUUUUUAACUCGGAUUCAUUUGCUUCUAACAACACUUCCUCGCUCAGAUCCUUGACUCCUCCCCAGAAUUAGUACCACCACUAGAGGGCAGCUGCUAGCUGUAAUGUGCAUCUCUGUGUUCAUAAGAUCAGAACAAACACUGUUGGCAGUCGUUGCUGUAAAGGUCACCAAGAAAUUAAAUAAAGUACAUGACAUAUAGAUUCUACCCCAACACACUCCUGCACCUUUCACUAAACUCCAUACUGACAAUCUGUUUUGUUCAAAGUAAAGAAAUAUUCUUUGAAAGGCUCAUGUUAGAUAAGCAGCUCAAAUGAGAAGUUUAAAAGCAUAAAAACUUCUUUUCGUCUUAGACGUUUCCAUCAAUGCUUUCACUGAUGUGUUGCUUGUGUCUGUACAACACAAGUAUACAAUGCUGCAUCUAUCAGAUCAUGUUUCACAUUAAAGACGUUGUACAGUCUACCUUCAGAGCUAGAAAUCUUUACCAUUCAUGAUUAAUUAGGUUUUAAUUUAAUAAUGAAAUAUUUCUAUCAGUUUUGCUGAGACAUUUGCUGUGAUUUUACAUCAAGAGCCCUACAUUUGUUUAUUUGCUAUUUGAUCUGGAGAUGAAGAGAGACUCUUGGCAUGUCUAUACAUUAAUUUAGUCUGUGACUGAAUAUUUUAACCCCCUAAAAUCCAGAUUUUUGGGAUGAAUGUAAACUAAUGUAAACAGUUCAUUUCAUUUACCGUUUAUCCAGUAUGAGCAAGCAGCUGGAAAAUUGUCACUGUGUGUUUUUAUUGAACAAUACG